AUGACGCCUAUCAUGAACUACAACUGUACUGCCUCAGUGUCGGGGGGGAAUCUCGUCUCUGUACACAGCGUCGAAGAGAACAAUUUCAUCCAGAACCUGAUCAACAAGAAUGAUGCCUCAGAUGCUUUUACCUGGCUUGGGGGUUCUGACUGAUUCAAGGAGGGGUCAUGGUAUUGGACCGAUGGAUCUAAAUGGGACUACAACACCUGGAACCAGGGAGAACCCAACAACUUAUUUAUUGAAAACUGUCUGCAUAUUAAUUUGGGGGUUCCUGGAGGUUGGAAUGACAAAGCCUGUAAUAAUUUGUAUCCAUCUGUCUGUGUGUAUAAAAAUAAUGAUCCACGCUGAAACAGAAUGUCAGCUUUUUGACAGUUCUGAUUGAUAAAUAAAGUU